AUGCCUCGAAGAUGUGUUGUAGGCGGCUGUUCUAAUGAAAAAGACGAGAAUUUGAACAUCAGCAUCCACUUGUUCCCCACUGAACCGAAAUUACGAAGAAUUUGGGAGAAAAAUGUCCAAAAUACUCGUGUUAACUGGUCUGCUACAAAAUGGAGCAACAUUUGCAGCGUCCAUUUCUCCGAAGAUUGUUUUGACAGUACGCCAAUGAUUAUGUCUGAAAUGGGGAUUAAAAUGACCAGGAAGCGAGUUUUAAAACCAGAUGCCGUCCCCACCAUAUUC